AUGGCACCUUGUCGUCAAUUGCUUAUGUGGUCAGUGCCAUCAAUAGCUGUCUUGUUAGGAAUCUUUUGGUUCAAGAAAAAGAGAGAAUAUGCAAAAUCUGACCCAGGUGGAAGAGAAAGAAUAAAAAGUCUUCAAGAAGAACUAGCAGAGGCAUUGAGUGCUGAAGCUGAAAUUAGAAGAUUAUCUCCCCUGGGAAAGGCUGACCGUUCCCUCAUAAAAUCAGCUCCUAUUGAUAUUAUUCCUAAUGGUACUGGCUCACAAAGAUCUUCUCUUGAAUUAACAGAUGAAGAAGUUGAUUUGGAGAUUGAAAAGAUUAUAAGAAAAAAGUCACUUGACAAAGAAAAGAAAAUGUCUGUAGGUAGUGAUAACUAUAUGGAAAGUGUAAAGGUGAAGGAGAAUCCUUGUGUUAUAAAGGAAGUACAGUGUGAUAUAUACUCAUCUUUCAGAAUAGAUAUGACUUGUGAAAGCAGAGAAAACUUGUGUUCUACCAAAAUUAAUGAAGAUUGUGGAACCUCAAUUGCAAUGGAAAAUGACCAUGAUGAAGUAUCUGUCAUCAAUUCUCAGGUGAAUACACCUAAACUUGAAGUCUUCCCAUCUCAAAGCAAUCUAUCUGAAAAUACAACAGAUAAUAAAUCUGAAGAUUUAACUGCAACCAACAAUGAAACUGAAGAAUCUAGAAGUAGAGAGGAACAAAUGGAUGUACAAGAUACAUAUUCAGACUCACAGCCAAGAAGAAUUUCUGAAAGAGAUUCAGCCAAUCAUAGUCCGGUAGACCCCAUGCUGGCAAGCCCAUCCAUGUGUCACUUUUCAGAUGAUCAUAGUGAGGGUUCUAGUGACAGUGGUAAAGGAUGUUCAGAGGCUGCUAGCCCUCCUCCAACUAACAUGAAUAUUAUACCUUCUGAGGCUGGUUUGAGAAUACACCAAUUCUUAAUACCUACAUCAUUAGUGGGACUUUUAAUAGGAAAAUGUGGUUCAUUUGUGACAUGCAUCAAAGCAAAAACUGGUGCAACAGUAUAUGUAAGGAGACAUCCAGAAUUAUCUAAACAGAAAAUUUGUGCCAUUGAGGGUACUCAAAGUGAAAUUGAAGCAGCAUUAGAAAUGAUUAAAGAUAAAUUCCCUGAAAAGAGAUUCCCAAACUUUACCACACAGGAGAUCAGUGCGGAAUUAUAUCAACGAUUGGCACCCUUAGUACCAGAGUACCUUCAAUUGCAGCUAGUGGAGUCCGUGAACAACGACACCAUCCUCACGUGUCUCGUAAGCGCGGGUCACUUCUUCCUGCAGCAGCCGCUUCACCCCACUUUCCCCUCGCUGCACGUGCUGCAUCGCCUCAUGGUCGACACCUACCAGAACCCGGACGUACCGACAUUGCCGCGCCCGGUGAAAGAGGGUUCAAUUUGUGCGGCACCGACUGAAAACAACUGGUACCGCGCACAAGUCUUGUCGACGUCUGAAGAAACCGAGACGUCUGUGGUGAAGUUAGUCGAUUACGGCGGUUACCUUACCGUCGAUAACGACCAGCUGAAACAGAUCCGCUCAGACUUCAUGACGGUGCCUUUCCAGGCCACUGAGGCUCUCCUUGCGUUCGUCAAACCCGCGAAUAAUGAGCCAGAUUGGAGUAGCGAGGCACUCCGCAUAAUGGCGGGUCUGACGGCGGGACAGAUGUUACACGCGCAGGUCGCUGGUUACGACGAGACUGGACUGCCCUUAGUACAUCUUUACCUUACCCUCAACCCACAGCAAGUGAUAUACCUGAACCGUGAGCUGGUGGAGCGCGGGCUGGCAGAGUGGGAAGCGCCGGCCGAUUCGUGA